CCGGAAGUGACGCGCUUUUGUUGUGUAUCUCGUCAUUGCGUCGCUGGUGUAUCGUAUGUUGGCGGGUGUGUAUAAAGUAUUGGAAAUGUUUAUCAUGUUUCGAUAGAAACCUUGCAGCAAGAUUAAAUAUGACAUGCGGAAUGUUCUGCUGAUAUGACCGUUAUAAUGGAGGUGUGAAUAUGGCAUUGUAAGAUGGAUCAAACCCGAAAACGGAGAUUAAAUAACAGGAAAAAUGGGCUUUCUCAGUGUAAAGUGGCGAGAGUUGAAGAGCCGGGGGAAGUUCCUGGGAGCAGAGAUGACACUACAGGAUCAUACAGACACUUCAAUACCAUCAGAGCCUCCAGCCCACAAUAUGACAGUGCAAGUCAAGAACAACAUGCUGCAUGUACCCAGAAGCCUGAAGAUGAUGCUGUGAAGACCUUGAGCAUGACGUUUGAUAAGGAACAGUGUGGAACCCGUGCACUGGGCCGAAGGAAAGGUUUGAGAAGAAAAAGAGACACAGCCGGUGAAGUAGAAACUCAGCAGAUGGAAGUUGAGGAUGAAAUCCAGCCGGAGGUCGAGAUUGACCAAGAGCUGGACAGAGAACUGGAAAGUAAAUCUCGACAACAUAACUUGACCUCUGCGAAUGUUCGUAGCAUCAUUCAUGAAGUGAUUACCAAUGAGCAUGUUGUGGCCAUGAUGAAAGCAGCUAUCAGUGAAACUGAACCCAUUCCUGUGUUUGAACCCAAGAUGACUCGUUCUAAACUGAAGGAGGUUGUGGAGAAAGGAGUUGUCAUUCCUGCUUGGAACAUUUCGCCAAUUAAGAAGCCAUCGGAGGUGAAGAAGGGACCCCAGUUUGUGGAUAUUCCUUUAGAAGAGGAAGACUCCUCUGAUGAAGAGUAUCGGCCCGAUGAAGAGGAGGAGGAUGAGACUGCUGAGGAGACUCUUCUGGAAAGUGACUUCGAGAAUUCAUCUUCUCCACGGGGCAGUCGAGUGAACCUUCACAGAUCACACUCUGAACAUGAGGAGGACACAGCCAGCAGCUCCAGACUGAACCUUCGCAGAUCCAGGCACCUGACAGUAGCUGUCACCCCAAUGGGGCCUCCCCCACCACCACCGGCCCCCUCCAGGGCCCCACCAGAGUGCAGCUUCUUAGAGAAACUCCAUGCGGUAGAUGAGGAGCUGGCCUUCGGCCCUGACUGCAUGGAGUCAUAUCAGAGUCUCAGUGGCGCUAAUGGAGAGGAGAACCUGAUUUCAUUUCGAACGCGAUCCAAACGACCACUGAGAGACGUCCCUCUGGGUCGACUGGAGGCGGAGCUACGUGCUCCUGACAUCACUCCAGACAUGUAUGAGUUUGGCUCCGCCCCUGAGGACAGAGAAUGGACGCAGUGGCUGCAGGGACUCAUGAGUUCAGAUAUGGAAAAUGAAGAGGAGGGUGAUGAUGAAGAUGACCCCGAGUACAAUUUUCUGGCUGAAAUUGAUGAACCUGAUGUGGAGGACUAUAGGAAUGACAAGGCAGUGCGCAUCACCAAAAAGGAAGUAAAUGACUUGAUGGAGGAACUAUUUGAUGCAUUUCAGGAUGACUUGGGGGGUCAAGAAGAAGAAGGACAUGAGGAAGAAGAGGAAAAAGAGGAAGAGGACAGUCCCCUGCAGGAGCCACCUGGCAUUCUGGAAAAUAUUCAGUAUGAGGACCCGUUAGCAGAUGUCUUGAAGCAGCGGUAUCGCACAGUACGGGAGCAGCUGGCAGCUGUGAGGAAACGGAAGGCUCUGUUGAAGAGUAAAGGAGUGUCUAUACCUCCAGCCUGCCCUCAACGCCCCUCCAGCCCCAUAACGUCCAUGACCCUGAAUGCAGCUCAGAAACUACAGCUACAGCAGCAGAUCCAGCAGCAUGUGCAGCUCCUCACGCAGGUGAACAUGUUGAGCAGCUCAGUCAAAGGUCUGGAGACAGAGGCUUCAACAAGCAGACAGUUCUUGUUGGAGCUGCAGAUGUUUGCCCAGCGUGGAGAGCAGGCUUGCAGUCCAGCAGAGCAAGGCUUCACCAGCAUUUUCAAAGCCUGCAACCUUCAGGGUGCUAUUUCUCUGUUGGAGGAACUAGAUCAGUCACCCAAGGGGGACCCUACAGUCCCGAGGUCAUGUUUCCCUGGAUGUCAGUUUCCUGCUUCUUUGGCCUGGUUGAUGGCGACUCGACCAGUGUUUCUCUACCCGGAGCUUCUUCCUUCAAUCCAGCUGCGCCCUUCUAGAUUCAAAGGACAGUUUACUUCAGCAGAAGAUUGUCUUGUUGUUCUAGGUCAUAAGCACUUAAUAAGUACCCUACACCCACUGCAGAUGACUUGUCGCUAUCUGCUUGCUGCUAGGAGCUUUGUCAGUUUGAAAUCACACAUUCGCGAAGCAUGCCAUAAGCCCUUUCCCAAUGUCAUCAAGACUUACUUUUUGGCGGGGAAAUGCCCCUCCAUGCCCUUAGCCUGUAAGAGAGUGAGUCCUUGUGACCAGCGCCCCCCAGUGGAGAGAGAAAAGAGCCUCAUGCCUGCUUGGCUCUCGACAAACCUUAAGUGCAUUUAUGAGCAUGUAAGAAUGUUUAACCAACCAUCUGGAAACUCCAAGCCUUCCGAUCCGGCAGAAGAAGCCACUGAGUCUUCAGGUCCAGAACCAGACUAUAGCUUCUCUCCAGGCACAUGUUACCCUCCCAGCCUUCCUGAAGACCUUGCUAAGGCACUUGAACCUUCACCUCAGGGUCCUUGCAAAAAGAAAAAAAACAAGACUUCUAAAUCCAUCAAGCCUUUAAAACCUCCUCCAUUAGCUGAGGAGCUAGAGGUGGUUCUCAACCAGUUACCAACAAUUUUACCAAAAGCUGUUACAGUUUCAAGUCCGUCGCUUUCCCACCCUCCUCAUGUUGCACCGGUUCUGAGAUCAAAAAUGAAUCCAUGCUUGUUUGGAAAUGAAGCUAUGAAUGGGCAUGUAGAGAGAGCGAUCAUACUAUCUAGCAUGCCAAACGUGUCUCCAGUGGGACGAAACCUAGGUGGGGCAGUUGUCACUUUACCAACUGCUCCAGUCCCACCUGAACUGAGCUCUUCAAGGGCUGUUCUUGUGAAAAAUGCUGUAGAAACACCAAUGGGUGUCUCUGGUUCUCCAAAGGGAGCUCAAGUUGGUGCAACCCAAGGGGGCGUAAUCAUCACUUUACCUGCUGCUAUGACACCAGAGCUGAAUUCUUGUUCUUCAGGGCAUAUAACUGUGAACCAAACUGUGCAAAUUGUCACCUCUAAUGUUGAACCAGCCUCUCCAAGAGGGUCAAACCUCAUCAUUACUCUUCAACCGCCUCCAGUUCCCAACACCUUAAUAUAUCCCACCCCCAUCAUAAAGACGAAAGCCUCAUUGGCUAAAGAUCCUUUUAGUCAGCGCUGUGGCACACUGCUUAAACUUAUACCGAGGGACUCUGGUGGUCUAGCUCAAGUAGGUCAAAAACCUCUUAAUCGGUUUCUUCUCCUCCCUCCAGGCUAUGAGUUUGCAAGCAGUAGCUUUGGCCAUCAAACCUUAAAACACUCAUCAGCUCAGAAUAGCACAGAGGUGAAACACAGUAAGCAACAGAGAACACCAGACAAUUUCCACAGCACUGAUGGGCCACAAGGAGGACCACCACAGAUGUCCUCCAUUCAAGAUACUCUUACUGAGUGCUUACAAGAAACUGCAUCAGCAGAAGAAGAGCUGAAUAAUGAUGAUGGAGUUGAGAAUGAGGUGGACUCCAGAGAGCUGUUUCUCACACUUUCUGAAUCCUCUGGGAGCCCGACGCCCAGCAUCAACGGGGAAGAUGCUGACAUGGAGAUGGUUUUGGGCAGGAGAGAGAAACUAGAGGAGCAGAAAGCAAAAGAAAGACAAGGUAGCAGUAGGCAGACUGGGGAGAAGGAAACGGGUGGAGCUAACGAUGUUUCGUCUGUGCCAGAACUUCAGGAAACCAUGGAGAAAUUCUCACAUCUGGCCACAAAGACAAAAUCUGAAAAAGAAGGAAUACUAGAUGAUGUUAAAUCAAACCAUCAACCUUCAGGUGCCCAUCGUACCCGCACUGAGGAGAUGGCUGCGGAGACCCCUUUUGUCCUUCACAAUGAUGCACCUGAUGACGAUCCCUACAGAGAUGCUAAAGAUGUUGCCUUUGCCCAAGCUUACUUGGAGAAGGUAUAUGAGGUGCUGCAGAUGGUGCCAGGAAAGGUGGACGAGUUCCUGUGUGUUCUGUCCGAGUUUGAGAAAGAUCCAGAAAGUCGCACGUCACUAGAGCUGCUGACGAGACUCAAGCCUGUGCUAAACGACUGGCCUGAACUGCUUCAAGAUUUUGCUGCUUUCCUGCAUCCAGAUCAAGCCAGAGAGUGUGGCCUGCUGGCAGAACAGCAGGCGUUUGAGCGCAGCAGACGGUUUCUACGCCAACUAGAGUGUACUUUUGGAGAGCAAUCGGCACUUUACAGGAAGGUGGUGCAUAUUUUACAAAGUGGUCCAUCACAGGAUCUUGCUGACUUCAAAGAGAUGAAAGCUCAAAUAACAUUGCUGUUCCGUGAUCACACUGACUUACUGGAGGAAUUCUGGGAAUUUUUUAAGCAGCUAUACCCCCAAGUGCAAGAUGAAGAUCAUGCAGACAAUGUGGAAACGAAUCAGGGCUUGGAAGAAAGCCAGCCAAUCAGAAUUGUCAUACCAGAUAAAAAAGUGGAGCCAGUCAAAACAGCCAUUAAACAUAGAAGAAAAAGAGACAAACAUGCUAAGUAUAUAAUCAUAAUCUCUCAGAUGGCAGAAAGGAAAAACAACAAAGCCAAGAAAAAGAGUGCAGAGUUGGAAAAGGAGGCAGCUGAAGCUUCUUCAGUGGACAGUCAACAGUCUUUAUCUAAUACCACAGGAAGCUCAGUCUGUGCCAAAAAUAUCUCCCGCACACCAAAUGGGAAAAAAGUUGUUCUCUGGACAAGGGAGGCUGACCGUGUGAUACUGACCACCUGUCAGCGGAGAGGAGCUAAGUCGGCCACGUUUCAUGCCAUUGCAGCCCAGCUUGGCAAUAAAACAGCCAGUGAGGUUUUUGAGCGCUUUCAAGACCUCAUUAAGUUGUUCCGCAAAUCCAGCAAGUUACGUCACGCAAGCCAUUCGGACACGGAGCUCCAGUGCAGUACAAUAGAAGAUGAACCAGACUGAGAUUAAAAUUGUGCUGAACAAUAAGACUUGAACAAUGACUGCAGGCUGGACCUGCUGCCUGAAUUGAUUCAGAAACAACACUUUUUUCCUGAUGAACUUGAACAAAAGAAACACCAUAUUAUAUUAAAAGGAUAGUUCACCCAAAAAUGAAAA